AUGAAUCAGCCUAAACUUCGUUGUGAAAAUUAUGACAAGAUAAAGAAAACUGUUGAUGAAGGUGACACUGAUCUUUCUGACAAGGGUAAACGUAUUAUUAUACCUUCUUCUUAUACUGGUGGUACAAGGUAUAUGGUGCAAUAUUAUCUAGAUGCGAUGACUACUUGCCAGCAUUUUGGUUUUCCGGAUCUUUUCAUAACCUUUACGUGUAAUCCCAAAUGGCCUGAGAUUACCAGGCACCUAAAAAGACAUAACUUGAAGCAAGAGGAUAGGCCAGAUAUAUGUACGCGAGUGUUCAAGAUGAAACUAGAUGAUCUCAUGCACAGGCUCACCAAAGAAAAUGUGUUAGGUGUCGUAAAAGCCGCGAUCUACACGAUUGAGUUUCAAAAACGGGGACUACCUCAUGCACACAUCGUUCUUUUUUUAGAGGCUGGUCACAAGCUACCAACUGGUGAUGACAUUGAUAAGAUAAUAUGUGCUGAGAUUCCUGACAAGGAUAUUGAUCCAGCGCUGUAUGAGAUAGUAGGAGAUGUCAUGAUGCAUGGACCAUGUGGUGCUUUGAAUAAGGAUAGGGUUUGCAUGGCUGAAGGAAAAUGUACAAAGUAUUUUCCAAAACCUUUCAGUCCGAUCACUAAAAUAGAUGAUGUUGGAUAUCCUAUAUACAGGCGACGUAAUGACAAGAAAGUUAUCGUUAAAAAGGGUAUUAAAUGUGAUAAUGGAUUUGUGGUUCCUUAUAAUAGGAGCCUCACACUGCUUUAUAGGGCUCAUAUCAACGUCGAAUCGUGUGUACAAUCUCGAUCAGUAAAGUAUCUAUUCAAAUAUAUUCAUAAAGGUGCUGACUACAUCCGUGCAACUAUCAAGACUGAUAAUAAAGAAAACGAGAUUAAGAAACACUUCAACUGUAGGUAUGUAGCACCUUCGGAGUCUACGUGGAGAAUUUUUGGUAAUCAUACUCACCAUCGCACGGUUUUUGUAGUUAAACUACCCUUUCAUUUACCGAACCAGCAAAUGGUCAUAUACAACGAGGAUGAUCCAGGUGACGAGGUUAUUAAUCGUGUCUCAGUUGGUACGUCAAAAUUCAUUGCUUGGAUGGAGUGCAACGAUAAGUAUGAACUGGCGAGGACGUUAACUUAUGCGCAACUUCCUACGAGAUUUGUGUGGAAUAACCCAAACAGGAUAUGGACGCCACGAUCAAGGAGAGUUGCUCUUGGUAGAAUCACAUUCACACCUAUGCCGGUUCCUGAAGAUAUUACUCUGGAGUCACGUGAUAAUCCUCUUAUUCGGGAUGAGAGGAAUUACAAUCGCGAAACUCUUAGAGUUAGAAACGAGCAGAUGUUAGCCACUGUAACCAGCGAACAGAGAAGUGUUUAUGAUGAGAUCCUAGAAGCAGUAAAUAAGAACAAAGGAGGCUCUGCUCUACGUUCCCAAGGUGAUGUUGUUCUUAAGGUUGCAUCGAGCGGGAUUGCUGCGUUGUUAUUAGAAGGAGGACGAACUGCGCAUUCAAGAUUUGCAAUCCCUAUCGUGGUUAAUAAGUUUACCUUCUGUUCAAUCAAGAAGGAGUCGAAUCUUGCCGACCUGAUAAGGAUUGCUAAACUCAUUAUAUGGGAUGAGGCGUUGAUGAUGAGUAAAGACUGUUUCGAGACUCUAGAUAGAACGAUGCGUGAUAUAUUAGAAGUUGAUAAGCCCUUUGGUGACAAGGUCAUUGUUUUAGGAGGGGAUUUCAGGAAAAUAUUGCCAGUGAUUCCAAAUGCCGGGAAGACAGAGAUAUUUAUGGCCACUUUGAAUUUGUCACCUCUGUGGUACAAAUGUAGAGUGUUGAGACUUACACAGAACAUGCGACUUAUAGCUGGAGAUAAUAGCCGUGCGAUGCUUGAACGAGCUGCCUUUACAAAGUGGAUCUUAGACAUUGGUGAUGGAACGAUAAAUGACGAUGGAAGUGGUGAAGCCGUGAUUGAUAUUCCUGAUGAUCUGUUGAUUAAAGACUGUAAGAUCCUAUAA